GGGAGACGACAGGAGGAAAGACUUAAAGAGGAGGAAACGGCAGCAGCAACAUGAAGCGACGGCAGCUGAAACAGAAGUUGGUGACUGAGUCCAGGUGAGGUGGCAGUGGGCGGGGCAUAGCCCGCCGAGCCGCCGUCUGAUUGGUGGGUGGUGAUGAUCGCAACUGGCGGCCUCCUGCGGAUUAACGCGCGGCGACAGGACUCACUGAAGUCCAAAACAAACAAAGCACACGCACACAAGAGGAAGAACAAGAAGAAGAGGAGGAGCGAGGUGGUGGUGGUGAAGGGCAAGUUGAAGCUGUUUUCGAUCGCAGGUCUUGUGGCGGCCCUUGGCAUCCUGGUCCUGCUGGUGGGUGCGGUCAUGGCGGCUCUGGGCUACUGGCCUCGAGGCGGACUGUUUAUCAGCACUCAGCCACAGGAGGGUGCCGCCAUGGCCUCAGUGUCCUCCAGCAGCUCCACACCUGCACCUGGUGAUGCUCUG